GCCACAACAAUGGGGCUACCAUCUGCCCGACCACACCAUCAUCCCAUCAACAUCACCACCAUCACCAUCACCACAAUCACCAUCACCACCACCACCACCACCACCACCACCACCACCACCACCACCACCACCACCACCACCACCACCACCACACCACCACCACCACCACCACCACCACCACCACACCACCACCACCACCACCACCACCACCACCACCACCACCACCACCACCACCACCACCACCACCACCACCACCACCACCACCACCACCACCACCACCACCACCACCACCACCACCACCACCACCACCACCACCACCACCACCACCACCACCACCACCACCACCACCACCACCACCAACCACCACCACCACCACCACCACCACCACCACCACCACCACCACCACCACCACCACCACCAUCCCCACUGUGAACCCAUCCUUGCCUGUGUGC